CCCCCCCCCCCCCCCCCCCCCCGAGAAAAAAAAAUGCUUUUGUAAAUAUGCUUUUAAUUUGUAAAUAUUUCAACCAGAGCUCAGCUUUGUAUGUGAUGAUGAUGAUGAUGAUUCAAUAAAGACAUCAGUCCAUCAAAUGAACGGCGCAAAAGUGAUUGACAGGCAAGACACGUGACGAGCGCCUCCUCCGCUCUGCGCCGGUUGCCGUGACGACGGCCUUCCGCCGCUGUUGCCGUGGCGAUGGCGCGCGACGACGACCGGGCCCGGUUUUCCUUUCACGAGAAGGACACGCACGCCGACGUGAUGGACGGCCAUCGGCGUCAUCUUCCUCUCUCGCACUGAGUAUUUUGCUGCCCUCCUCAUCCUCGUCGUCGUCGCCGCCGCCGUUUGGGAUCGUCGCCGUCGGCCUCACCGCUUGUUGGAGAUGGUGUACGCGCAGGCCAACACGGCGGCCACGGAGCGCUCGCUGUUCGCGCCGGCCUUUUCGUACCCGGCGUCCUUCAACUACUCGGAGACGGCGGACAACGGCACGUCGGCGACGCCCGAGGCCCCCGGGCCCGCAACGGCGGAGGACGGGCUGACGUCGGGCGAGGUGGCGGCGCUGGCGCUGGCUUUCGGGGCGGUGUGGCUGGUGUCGGUCCUGGGCAACGCCCUGGUGUGCCUGGUGAUCCACCGGAGCCGCCGCACCCAGUCCACCACCAACUACUUCGUGGUGGCCAUCGCCUGCGCCGACCUGCUGCUGAGCGUGGGCGGCGCCCCCGUGGUGCUGGCGCAGGUGGCGUGGGGGCGCUGGCCCCUGGGCGCGGCGGCGUGCGCGGCGGCCCGCUACGUGCAGCACCUGUGUCCCGGUCUGCAGGUGUACGUCCUGCUGUCCAUCUCGGUGGACCGCUUCUACACCAUCGUGUACCCGCUCAGCUUCAAGGUCUCCCGCGAGAAGGCCAAGAUGAUGAUCCUGGCGUCGUGUUUGCUCGACGGCGCUCUGGUGGCGCCCUGCCUCUUCUUCUACGGCGCCGCGCCCGCCGACCCUCGCCACUGCCACUUCUUCUUGCCCGACAGCCGCGGCGCCGCGUCCUACGCCGCCGCGCACCUCCUCCUGGGCUUCGCUCUCCCCGCGGGCCUCAUCGUGUCCUUCUACCGGCGAGUGGUGCGCCACAUCUGGAGGAUCGGCGCCGGCGGCCUCGCCGUGCGGCGCACCGUCAACCCGGUUCCCCGCGCCAAGGUGAAGACCAUCAAGAUGUUCCUGGUGCUCAACUGGCUCUUCUUCUUGACGUGGACGCCUUUCUACCUGGCGCAACUGUGGCACCCCCGGGAGGAGGAGGGCGGCGGCGGCGGGCGGCGCCGGGGCCUCCUUUUCUUCGCCGCCGUCACCUGGAUCUCCUUCAGCUCCACCGCUUCCAAGCCCACCUUGUACUCCGUCUACAACGCCAAUUUCAGACGCGGCAUGCAGGAGACCUUCUGCAUGUCUUCCAUCAAGUGCUACCGGAGCAACGCCUACACCAUCACCGCCAGCUCACGGUUGGCCAAGAAGAACUACGUGGGCGUGGCCGACGCGCCCGUCGGCGCCAAAGACGAAUCCUCGGAGCUGGACCCCAAAGACAAGAAACUGGCGUGGACCGCCAGCGCCCACAACACGACGUUUGUGUAGCGGGCUCGGCGAAACUCAACUCUCGGGGGUCCACCGCUGAGCGUUUUCCUCGGACCCGACACUCCCAAAUGUCACCGAACGGUUCUGCUGUUUUCCGUCUCUGUGGAGUUCUCGAUUGGAGCGUCGUGACACGCGGCGGCCACCUUUGAGGAGUUUUCUCAAACGAGACGCCCUUUGACAAAUUCAGGAGGGAACAAAAUGGAGGACGCAAGUACUCGAGCGAUUCUGCUUCCCCGAGUACGGGACGGAACCGAAGCUUCCAGGUGCCACGUUUGAAAAAAGAAGAAUCGGAUUUUCUCCGGGCCGUUUGCGACUCCCGAAUUUGGGGAGCUUUCCGGGGUUUGAAGCGCAGACUUUGUGUUUCAAAUGUCUUUGGGCAAGUCACGUCGCUAUUUAUCGAUCACGUUCCGCCACCUCCGCGUGGCAAAUAUCCACAGCGGCUGUCGUCGCUAAAGCGAACUUGUCACUUGUUUGUGCUUGGCUAACCUGGCGGAACUUUUUGGGGAAACCUUGUUUUGUCACUUUUGUCAGCUUUCAUUUGCGAAACAUCAACGCUUACGAUCCCCCCCUCCCCCCCCCCCUCCAAAAUAUUGGAA